AUGAUUGUAGAUGAGAAAUUCUGUUUCAAAGAGGCAACAAACCUUACAGUCCACAAAACCUCUGUGUUCUUCCCGGGAGAUGGUUUCAUCGUCUAUCAUCCUAACAGGGAAAUCAUCUUUCGAUUUGAUUCUUAUGGCCCUGAUUCUGAGCCAAAAGAUGAGCUUGUUCUCAUGGAUGCAACUGGCAAGGGCCUCCUCACCCUUCAUCGAAAGAAGCCAGGUCUUCGUCAACGGUGGGAAGGCUUCUUGGGGGAGAGGAAAGAAGAUCAUCAAGACCCAGUUUUUAGUGUAUACAGAUCUAGUAUCAUCGGACCGUCCAACUUGGUAGUAGAGGUUUUUGGUGAUCCAGGUGAGGAGUACCAUAUCAGGGGUUCUUAUUCCCAGAGAUGCUGUACGAUUUGUAACACUUCCUUGGAGAAUUCAUCAAAAGAACCGGCGGCUGUGAUCAAAAGAAAAGUGGACCCCUCGACACAUGUGAUGCUCGGUAAGGAUGUCUUUUGGCUUUGUCUAAGGCCAGGGUUUGAUGGUGCUUUUGCUAUGGGAUUGGUCCUGGUUCUUGAUCAAAUUUUUGGAGACAGUGCCGACGUUCAUGAUGUGCGGGAGGUAGACCCUACCUCAGAGGAUUCUUCCUCUUAG